GUCAGAAACAAAAAUUUGCAAAUGUCACAACAAACACCAUUUUUUAGUGCAGUGCGCGAAAAAACGUAAAAUUGUACGCGUAAAAUGCUUCGAACCGCCCCGCUUUCGGUGGUCCUCAACGAGGAAGUGGCCCUAGAAGGCCUGGAGGGCACAACUCUCGACAAUCUAUGGAACCGGUUGGCGUACCGUCUGAAGAUCAAACUUCCGCUGCCGGAGAAGUUUUGUCACAAUGUGUGGUCCCUGGUGCUAAUGAGUAGCGAGUACAUGUUUUACCACCUUCCCGAGCCGCGAAAGUGUUUCGUUUACUUCGACCGCUUGGAACACGUUGAUCCGGCUACCGGUGUCCUGAAGGAGCCCAAAGACUUUCCCGGCCACCGGUUCAAGUACAACCCGAUUCAGGCAAGCGGGAUCAGGGGUUCUUGCGAACAUUACGAGACGCGGCAGGUUAUUACCCGGGAGGAGCUGGCAACGAUGACCUAUCAAGCGGUGGAGGCUAGAUGGCCCAACGCAUUCGUUAUCGUUGCAUCGCAGAAAAUGCGAGAAUCGUUCAUCAUCGAGCCGAAUUGCACCGCAGAGUUGACUAUAAUCCAGUACUGUAUGCUGGAGUGGAUUGCCCGAUCCCGCUACAAUGGAGAAACCUCCCAGGGAAAAUAUUCUCUGGUGGAACUGACAAAGGAUUCCAGCAUUCUGUACUACAACCGAAAAUUCCUGACCGAUUGCAAACUCAUCACUCGCCAAGCUCUCUGCCAAAGGACGGGGGAAACCAGUAUUCAGGGUAUGGUUUUCCAUCUGCCCCGGUACUAUUGCGAGAUGAAACCCAAAGGACUAUUGAUCACCGAAAAAGUGGUCAACAUUUUGAAAACUCGCCCAAACUUUAUGGCCGAUUAUGAUGAGAUCAAGUUAAUGGUCUUGGGACGCGCCGAGGCCCGCAAAUGGUUCCGUGGCAAUGAGUUCAUGAAAUACGUGAGAACUGACGAGACCGUUGCCUAUCGCACGCUCUAUCCAGACGCGAAUCCUCGGGAGUACAUGCUGAAGAACAAGAAGCACGAAGAGAAGCAAGUUCGCAUAAUGCGACUCAUCGAUCCGGAUGCCGAUGUGUACGACCUGUGGUACAAGGAGGAACAGCCCGAAGAGGACCAGAAGGAUGGGUUCCUGGAUUCGCAGAAAGCGUACAUCGACAUGCCGGUGCUGCAGCAAGCGUACAAUCUGAUUGCACAUUCGGGCGAACAGGGCAUCUCCCAGUCGGCCCUGGCCGCACAGAUGGGGCUCGAUCGACUAAAUGCGCGCGCUCUGGUGAAAAAUUUGAUACGCAUCAAAGCCAUCGAGGGAAGCGCCGUGGACGAAGGGCGCCAACGGACGACAAAAUACUUCCUCCCGGGAAUGACCCAACAAACCAUCACGCUCGACAAGGAAAGGAUCCAGUUGAUGAGCAGCCACCAUACACUCUCGGUGACAGAGCAAGACCAGAAGCCACAGAUAUCCGCUCAGCAGCAGCUUCCCCAGCUUCCGUCGAUCUCUAUGGCAUCCACUUCCGGCAUAUCCAACUUCAGCGAAUCUAGCAAUUUCAGUAUUUCGCUAGACCAGGAUGACGACGAGGACGACGAUCGGUACAAGAUGAACCUGAACCUGUACGCAACGGCCAACAAUACGGUGAUAGAUUCGAUCGACGUUCAGAUCAACAUCUGUGACGAGAUCAACGGCCUGAAGGCCCCCGGAGGCAUUUCGGCCAUGAUGAACUCCAAGCACAUCAGUGCGAAGGUUCUCAAGCGGUGCAAUUUGAUCCUGGAGCUGGUGAAGAAGUUCCAGGUGGUCGAACCAAGGGAAGUGCUGAAGCAGAUCUCCCGCUUCGAACGGGAGCUGGGCUACCAAGCGGAAGCGUGUCAAAAAUCGGUUCAGAGGCUGAUUGGCAAGUUGGCCGUGGAUAAGUAUUUGAAGAUUGCCAAUGUUAAGUUGACCAAGGACGAUAAGGUUUCGAACGUGGUGUAUGCGUGUGAUUUGGCCGUGGAUGAAAACAGUCCCAUUUUGAAGGGGAAGAUCGAGGCAGCGAAGGCGAGGAUGAUGAUGUCGGUUAUUGGGCAACAGAGCGUCAAAAAGGCACCGAAUAAUGAUGAGCCCUUGACUGCUGCGGUUGGCACAAGCUACGGGGGAACGUUGGCCAAAUGUUUGCGGAUGAAGCUGUUCCAUGAGUAUAUGUUCUAUUUGAUCUACCAAUUGUCACCGGAUGCUGUACCUUUGCUGGGCGAAGAGUUGAGGGCAUUGGAUUUGAGCUGCAUUGAGGAAGAGAUCGGUCCCAUCUACAGCGUGGACGGGUGGAAGUUGUUCGUUCCUCCCCUGAAUGUCUACGAAAGCUAUGGACAAGGUUGGGCGCUGCUGACGGACAUUACGCUGCGAUUGCCACUGUCGGUGUUCUGUCAGAUAUGUACGUUUGGAUUUUACACAAAGGAUCUCGAUUACUGGUUGGACCAUCCCAUCAGACAGCACAUGCUGGUAAAACAGUUACCGAAAGCGGUUCGCUUGCAGCUGUUCCGACAAAGGAAGUAUAUUUUCAACAUUUUCGAAAUGUGUCAGAAACUGUGCUACGCCGGGUUGAUUCAGUUUGGACCACAGCGAAUGAAAGAUCGCGAUCAAACGUUCAUCUACCUCAACCGGCAUACGGCACUGUUGGACACCAGGGACUCCGCCAUUGGGUACCAUGAGAUCGAGGAUAAGGAGUACACGAUGAAGAAUUUUACGUUCGCCAAUUUGGAUGAUGUGCAAAACUACUGGGAGACACUGUACCGAAUCGCUGUGAACACUCCACUGAAUCGGCGAAGCGUGGCCUUCGGUAAGGACAUUAUGGUGCAGCACCUGCAUGUCAAACCGGAAAUAGUGGAAGCAUGCAAACCACGCACGCCAGACCAAGCGUUUGUUAAUGAUGUGUUUAAGCUACCGCCGGGCGAUAAUCGGGGAGCCGCAGGGAUGGAUACGGCUAUGUUUGUCCAUUUGAAGUCCAACUGGAGCAAGGUGAUGAACUACGCCCCGGCCAUAAAGAACCAGAUGGCCAAAAUCAAACGAUUGAAGACGCUUAGGAAGAUAGCGACCUUGCACAAACCUGUCCCAGCUCGAGCCACGAACUCGAAGAAAAUGUCUACUCUAAAGGAGAAGAAACUCUGCCUCAAGGCCAAACUCACAGUGAAACCAUUUGCCUCUACGUACAAACGGUACGAUCAGAAACAUACGAUCAAAGUUCGCCGCAUUGAGAAACCACCUGCGAACGUCAAACGGGUCCGGAAUAUGUACGACGAAGUCGAUCGCAGGGCGCUCAAGUUGAUGCAGAAGCUCAGAGUGGACUGGAGUCGUAAUGAAGACACGGUCCUUCUCAUAUGUCGCAUCGCUUUGAAGUAUCUCUACGGUGACAACACCAAAGCGAACAGUAUAAUCAAUUCCAUGCUUUACCGGGACAUCCUUCACUGGACGAUUCCGGAUUCGGCCAACAAGACUACACGAUCCUGUCAGCGACGCAUCAACUACAUGGUGAAGCACAAGCAUGGCGUUGCGACCAAUGUGAAGCUCUGCGUUGAGGAAGCCCGCCUUAAUCCGGCUAUAGAAGCGCGGUUUGGAAAGCAUUUCGUGAAUCGCUUGAAAACGUUUUAUCCUGCAGGGGACAACUUUGCGAUGGCACUGAAGAUUCAUUUCAUAGAGUUGGUCUACAUGCUUCGAACGACACUCACCAAAUUGAAGAUGAACGACGGUGUUCGCCCGAUCGAUAUGGGAAGCAUUAGGUCUGCCGCCCAAAGUCAUUUCAUUCCCGACACGAUUGCUGAAUUUGAGCAACGCUACGACAUUCGCCAGACGAACGACCAAACGGAAAAGCUCAACUUUAGCGUAAAUCCAUCAACUCACGAGGAAAUCAUUACGCACAAGUUGGCCACAUUGAUCCACGGUGCUGUGUCGAAUGCCAGAACGAAAACCUCCUUCAGCGUACAACUCUUCAACAUCUACAAAAACUACUCCGAGAAGCAUUUGUCCAUGGCGAUGAAAAUGAUUCGUAAUUACAAGCUUAUAUCGCUGUCCCGUAAGCUCAAAGCGAACAUAAGUAUCCAGAGCAGCAUGGUCCCGUCAACCGCGGGGGAUAAUCCCUAUCACAUCUCCAUAACCUAUCUGAAUCAGAUUUCUACGAGAAUCCCAUUCGAAAUGUUCUCUCUCGUGUACAAUCACUAUAUCCAGUUGUUGGACCGCCCGAACUACGAUGAACCGCUCACGUUCGAAGAUGGCAGUCAAGGUUUGGUGCUGCUCCUCGGCGAACUUGCAACCACAAACUCGAUCGACCUCGAACUUGAAUCUCCCACCGAGUUCAUAAGUAUGCAUCCGGAUCACAGAAAUACCGAACCUGAUCUGGCACAGGGAGAUUUCGAGUUUGCCCAACCGGAGCAGGUCACUACAGUGGGCCCGGCCAAAACCAUCAAGAACGAACCGCGAUCAGCGGCCAAAGUUCGCUUUGAUUCGUCCAGCGAUGUGUACUUCAACUAUGUGAUGCACCCGAUAGAGAAGCUCACCAAGGUUCCCACGGAAUAUUUGCAUUUCUUCUGUAUCCUUGACAGCCUGAAAGGAGGUACCCUACUUCGAGCGUUCAAGAUUGACGGGACAUCCAACAUUUGCUCAACGCCCGACUGCAUACUGCAGAGCACUGAUCGAAAUGUUAUCCAAAGGUGUGUCUCAAUUGCGCUGGGAAAUCGCGACAUGAUCGAACGGAUCAAAGGGAUCCGAGCUUCCCGCGUUUGCAUGACUCCACUUCUGGUGAUCUGCGAGGAUAAUGUUCCGCAAUACUUCAUAAAAACGAUCAAAGAAUUCAACAAGACGCAGAAAGACUUCCAGAAGCGAGAUCUUGGACGAAUGCCGGAUGGCCUUCAGUCUCCUAUCAACAUGGUAGAGCUGGCCUACGAUAUCGUACAGUUCCAAAAAGUUCAGGACUUCAACUGGUUGGAUCGCUACGAGAUAACACACCUCGAGGAGAACAAUGGCCUGCUGAUGGAACCGGACAGCGACAAAACCGGCAAUGACGAGCUGACCGAGAAGGUCUACAAACUGCACAACUUCUACGUGGUGAACUAUCUGAAAAUCAGCAUCCGACUUUCCUACCAGGACCCCAGUGAUCUUAACUACAGACUGAAUUUAGAUAAUCGAUCGAUACCGGCAGUUUUUCUACCGCCAUCAUUCGCUUCCCGACAGAAUAUGCUCACAAAAAUGUCGAACGACACAUUGUGGCCCUCGCAUGACGAGCUUCGACCCCUGCUGGAGGAAGCCACUCCGUUGAUCCACCAGAACCAACGGCUUUGGUCAGUAUCUUACUUCAUCGAAUGCAAGGCCGAGCAAGGGGCAACCGCCCAAGAGUUGGCCGCAAACUUCCGAAACCACACCGAGUUGGCGCAAGAUCUCCAGGUGCUGCUAAACUUCAAGUUCAUCCUGCGAACCGGCAUCCGGCACUUAACCUACGUCCACUGGCAGCACGUGACUCCGUGGCUGUUGCGCACCACCUGUGUCAUGCGCAAUGAUCCCGCUAGCGAAUCGGAUGCCUCCGCAGUGCGCAUCAAACAGGAACCGGGCACUUCGCACCCAAAACGCACCGAGUCCGAGGCAUUCCGGUCGUCCGACGAGGAGGAAGAUGACGUAACAAUAGAGGAAGUCCACAACGAGGGAAUGGGUCCGCCACCGAAGACGCGCCGCGAUGAGUUCAACCGGAGGGUUGCCGUGAUCGAGGAAAGGAAUCGAUUCAAACCAAAGAAAACUCUAUCUCUCUCGCUGACACCGUGGAUAAAGAUUGACGGAGCAAUCAACCGUAGAUUACUGUACCGAUGGCUGACCGCGGUGCUUCUCUAUUGCUUGUCCCAUCCGGGAGUGCAGCUGACUGUCCUCUAUUGCCGGUUCAACAUGAUGGCCCCUGUACACCUGUACUAUUUACUAGAGAUUCUACAAGAAUUUGGAUGUGUUAAGAUGUUCUCGAUGGAAGUACGACAAAAGAGAACGCUCUUUUCAACCUAUCGGCCGGUUAAAGUUGCCAUUGCUACCGAGUUUGACCGCGACGAGUGCACUUACGUCGAGGCAACAUCGAACGCACUCAGCACGCUGACGACCCUUAUCGGAGACUAUCGUAAGUUCCAGGAAGAUUUCCUGACGCUUCCGAAAUCCAACGACAUGCAGGACGUGGAGCAAUCAGAUGAAUAGAUAUAGGCGUGUCAUCAUCUCAUUUCUACAGGUGGCGUCGUAAGUCAAAAUCAUGUUUCACUAUUUUAAUCGCAAUCGUAUUAUUCGGAUUUUUUUUACGAUCCUAUUCUACACAACACACAUGAUGAUUUGCAGCCCGGGCGAGGUUUUCGUCGAAGGGAUACCAACUGCUUCAAUAAACUUAAGAUUAAGUCGUU